AUGGAAUCAAAAGAGAGUGGUGAAAAGACGAAGACGAGCAGCUUUAGCUUUGAUCUUGUAGACGACAAGAUUAAGCUUAUUGAUAUAUCAGUCGAAGAUGAUGAGUUUCUUAUCAGUUCUCCCAUGUUUGAUUCUCUUGAAGACCUUCGUCUUUCAGGUUCUCCAAGUAUACCUUUCGAAACUAUGGAACCGUGUAGGCCAAGUUUUGCUUGGGAUACUGCCUUUUUCAACUGUGCAGGUUUUCUUGAUCCAGAUGAACUGUCCUUCGUGAAUAAAGAGUUCGAUACAAAUUCAACGCAUAUACUACCAGAAUCCAGAUUAAAAGCAUUCAAAAAUGUUAACAUGGCCUCUAAACAAAAUUCUCAGAGGAAAAGCAGCGAUCUUAAGAGAUUGAGAAAGAUAAAAAAUGAGAAAACUGGUAAAGGAGGAGAAGCUGCAAUAUGCUCUUGCAAGCCACCCAAGGUAACAUCAAGUGGGAAGAAAGAUAUUUUGACCAAGCAUAGAAAAGGAGACUCGUUAGGAAGAUCUGAUGCUACAACUUCUUCUGGGUCAAGUUCAAUCACAACGGAGAAAGCUUCUAGCCACAGUUCAUCCCUUCUUACCUCUACCUCUCUGUCGUCUUCUGCAAAAGCUUCACCUAUUUCCAGUGCAUCUGUCAGCGUUUCAACCCCUCGAAUUCCUUCUAGCCUUUUGAGUAAGAACACUGAAUCGAAAAAGGGUGAACUGUCCAUUUCUCAUUCAACGUCCAUGAUUCUGGAAUAUUCAGAGAAGAAAAGCAAAGGGCUUGGAAAAACUAGUUUGUCGACUCGUUCAUUGUCUGCCUUAGAUCGUUCUUCUUGCACACCUCCUGCUAGGUGGAGCAGUAAUUCUUCCUCUGUAUCAUUGUCGUCGUCCUUAAGAACCAAUCAGAAAUCUAAAGUUUCAACCACAAAAUUCAGUCACGCUUCCCAGAGCAAUGACGCAAAAGUAGCACCAGACCUGCAGAUUAAUUCAGGCAGUUACUUGUCUCAUUCUCCGCAAUCUCAAGAAACAAGGUCCUCUGCUGAAUUUAGUUUUCGUGCUCUAGAAGAAUUUCAUUGUGUUGGUUCAGAAUCACCGAAAACUGUCAAAGCAUCUGGACUGCGAAUGCCAUCCCCAAAGAUUGGUUAUUUUGAUGAGAGCACAUCUCCUAGUUCGACCAGGAUAACGGAAAGAAAAGCAACUCAAAAGAUUUUAUCAGAAACCGUGAAAACAAAGCUCUAUUCUCUGGGCACUGAACUGUCAAGAAUUUCCCUCGGACAUACUGAUUCUUACAAAAAGCCGAAAAAUCCUUACUUGGAAAGAUCUAGGACUCCUACAAGCUUAAAGACAGCUCCAAAGGUUCGGAAUAAUCAUGUGACGGGGAAAGGAAUUUGCUCAGAGUCCCGGAAAACUGGUGACGGCAAAUGUCUUAGGAAUAAGGUUGGACAGACUUGUAUGUUGGAAAAAGAGAAAAGUAUCAAGGGCUUGAUGAGGAACAAGAGGAUCAAAGUAAGUAAGGGACCAAAUGAUGACACUUGUCUCCGCUUUAAAGAGUCUGACUUGAUCAAGAAUGUGACAGAAAAUGGUAGCCAAUUUGGCGAUCUAAGCAUAUAUUUUGAAGCUAUUGAUCUGAACCGGGAUAAGGUGAUGCCACUUAAGAACAAAAGCAAGUGCUUGCCUUUAAAGUACGAUAACAAGAUAGUACAAACACGUGAUGAAAAGGAUCGUGUAUGCGAUCAGCAGCUGGAUUCACCUAAAACUUCUUUAACCUCUCCAUCGACUGUUGAUUUUAAAGCAAGGACUAGAACUCCACUUGCGGAGAAAACAUCACUUUGCAACAGAAGCAAGACAUUUUUGUCCCCUUAA